AUGGGCAACUGCUUCGCCUCUGGCGGAGCCGGCGUUGGUUACGCCGCCGCUGAAGGCAAGUCGGAGAGCGCCACCCUCAGCGAGGCCGGCCUCACCGUCGAUGACCUUCGGCAUGCUCCGGAGCACGCGGCGCUCAACAGCGAGGCGAUCGACACAGAACUCGACACGACCCAACCGCUCGCACACUACCUCAUCUCCUCCUCGCACAACACGUACAUGAAGGGUGGCCAAUUCACCUUCACCGGCGGCGACGUCGACCACACCAUGUACGCCACAGUCAUAGAGGGAGGCUGCCGCUGCGUGGAGAUAGACGUGUACGACGCCACGCCGGCGUCGAGCGAUGACUGCGAGGUCUACCACGGCAACGAGACGCUGUCGGGCGGCUCGCUCUCGCUGCGCACAGUGAUGGCCACCAUUGCCGGCGCGCUGCCCGCAAACCACCUUCCACUGAUCCUCAACUGCGAGAACCAUCUGGACGGCGAGGCGGGCGGAGACAC